CUCCUAGUUUCGUCAUACGUCGCGCGGCGCAGGGAAGUCCGUCACCGUUGCUGUCGUGCUAAAGCUACCGCGGUUCUGAUCGGUUCAAAUAUAGGCUCUUGGUGACGCUUCCUGAAAUAUACAUAACAUAUUAUAAGCGCUCAUUAUUUAGUUGUUCAAUACAAGCACCGGAAACCUCGGACUAAAACGAAAGUUAAGGGUCGAAAAUGAGUGUGGAGGCGUACGGGCCGAGCUCCCAGACCCUCACCUUCCUGGACACCGAAGAAGCGGAGCUGCUCGGAGCGGACACUCAGGGCUCCGAGUUCGACUUCACUGACUUCACCCUUCCAAGCCAGACGCAAACGCAAGGCCAAACCCAGAGCCAGUUGGACGGACAGAUAAAUGGUCCUGAUGAGGGUCUUCACAAUGGAGGAAUGGAUGACUCUGUUGCCAAAUCCAGUCAAUUGUUGGGGGAGCUCAACUUUGAGGAGGAUGAAGAAGACACCUACUACACCAAAGAUCUUCCAAUACACGCAUGCAGCUACUGUGGUAUCCAUGACCCAGCUUGUGUGGUGUACUGCAACACUAGCAAGAAGUGGUUCUGUAACGGCCGUGGUAACACUUCUGGCAGCCACAUUGUGAACCACAUGGUGAGGGCCAAAUGUAAAGAAGUGACCCUCCACAAAGAUGGGCCUCUGGGGGAGACUGUGCUGGAGUGCUACAACUGUGGCUGUCGCAACGUCUUCCUGCUUGGCUUCAUCCCAGCUAAAGCGGACUCUGUGGUGGUGCUUCUUUGCAGGCAGCCUUGUGCAAGCCAGAGCAGCCUGAAAGACAUCAACUGGGACAGCUCACAGUGGCAGCCACUGAUCCAGGACCGCUGUUUUCUUUCAUGGCUGGUGAAGAUCCCGUCAGAGCAGGAGCAGCUCCGAGCCCGUCAGAUCACUGCCCAGCAGAUCAAUAAGCUGGAGGAACUCUGGAAGGACAAUCCUGGUGCUACCUUGGAAGACCUGGAGAAACCUGGAGUGGAUGAAGAGCCUCAGCAUGUGCUGUUACGCUAUGAAGACGCUUACCAGUACCAAAACAUCUUUGGCCCUUUGGUCAAACUCGAGGCUGACUAUGACAAAAAACUCAAGGAGUCACAGACUCAAGACAAUAUAACCGUCAGGUGGGACCUGGGGUUAAACAAAAAGCGGAUUGCAUAUUUCACCCUUCCCAAGACGGACUCAGGUGAUAUGCGGCUGAUGCAGGGUGAUGAGAUCUGCCUGCGGUACAAAGGAGACUUGGCUCCUCUGUGGAAGGGCAUUGGUCAUGUCAUCAAAGUCCCAGACAACUAUGGAGAUGAGAUUGCCAUUGAGCUGCGCAGCAGCGUCGGAGCGCCUGUGGAAAUUCCACAUAAUUUCCAGGUGGACUUUGUCUGGAAGUCAACUUCCUUUGACAGGAUGCAGAGCGCUCUGAAGACCUUUGCUGUUGACGAAACCUCCGUGUCUGGCUACAUUUACCACAAACUUCUGGGCCACGAGGUUGAAGAUGUCACCAUUAAGUGCCAGCUGCCGAAACGCUUCACUGCUCCAGGCCUGCCUGACCUCAAUCACUCACAGGUUUAUGCAGUAAAGACAGUGCUGCAGAGGCCACUCAGUCUCAUCCAGGGGCCGCCGGGCACCGGCAAGACUGUCACCUCUGCCACAAUUGUGUACCACCUGUCUCGCCAGGGCAAUGGGCCAGUUCUGGUGUGUGCUCCCAGCAACAUCGCUGUGGAUCAGCUGACUGAAAAGAUCGACAAAACCGGCCUGAAGGUUGUGAGGUUGUGCGCCAAGAGCCGAGAGGCUAUAGAGUCUCCAGUCUCGUUCCUGGCUCUCCACAACCAAAUUAGUAACAUGGACAGCAUGCCGGAGCUUCAGAAGCUGCAGCAGCUGAAAGAUGAGACUGGAGAGCUGUCAUCUGCUGAUGAGAAGCGCUAUCGGGCUCUGAAGCGCACCGCUGAGAGGGAGCUGCUUAUGAACGCUGAUGUGAUCUGCUGCACCUGCGUUGGAGCUGGAGAUCCCCGUUUGGCCAAGAUGCAGUUCCGAUCCAUUCUGAUUGAUGAGAGCACCCAGGCUACAGAGCCUGAGUGUAUGGUGCCCGUGGUGCUGGGAGCCAAGCAGCUGAUCCUCGUGGGUGACCAUUGCCAGUUGGGUCCUGUUGUGAUGUGUAAGAAAGCAGCCAAGGCGGGUCUGUCUCAGUCUCUGUUUGAGCGACUGGUGGUUCUGGGGAUCCGGCCAAUCCGCCUGCAGGUCCAGUACCGUAUGCAUCCAGCUCUGAGUGCCUUCCCCUCCAACAUCUUCUAUGAGGGCUCCCUGCAGAAUGGCGUUACUGCAGCUGAUCGCAUCAAGAAAGGUUUUGACUUCCAGUGGCCACAGCCGGAUAAGCCAAUGUUCUUCUACGUGACCCAAGGUCAAGAGGAGAUAGCCAGUUCUGGAACAUCAUAUCUGAACAGGACUGAGGCUGCAAACGUGGAAAAAAUAACCACAAGACUGCUGAAGGCUGGAGCUAAACCAGAUCAGAUUGGCAUCAUCACGCCUUAUGAAGGGCAGCGCUCCUACCUGGUUCAGUACAUGCAGUUCAGUGGCUCCCUUCACACCAAGCUGUAUCAGCAAGUGGAGAUUGCCAGCGUGGACGCCUUUCAGGGCAGAGAGAAGGACUUCAUCAUCCUCUCUUGUGUUCGAGCCAACGAACAUCAGGGCAUUGGCUUCCUGAAUGACCCCCGUCGUCUCAAUGUGGCACUGACCAGAGCAAAGUAUGGUGUGAUCAUUGUGGGGAACCCUAAAGCUCUCUCCAAACAGCCCCUGUGGAACAACCUGCUGAACUACUACAAGGAGCAGAAGGUCCUGGUGGAGGGACCCCUCAACAACCUCAGAGAGAGCCUCAUGCAGUUCAGCAAGCCUCGCAAACUGGUCAACACCAUCAACCCUGGAGGACGUUUCAUGAGCACCGCCAUGUAUGAUGCCCGCGAGGCACUCAUUCCAGGCUCCGCCUACGACCGCAGCAGUGCUGCUGGACGUCCAUCCAACAUGUACUUUCAAACACACGAUCAGAUUGGGAUGAUUGGAACCGGACCGGGUCAAAUGGCUGCGAUGAAUAUCCCUAUACCCUUCAACCUGGUGAUGCCUCCAAUGCCUCCACCCAGCUAUCUGGGUCAAACUAAUGGUCCUGCUCCAGGCCGUGGUGCUAUGAAGGGCAAGCUUGGGCGUGGUGGAAGACAGAGAGUCCGUGGCUCGGCGCACCAGGGCACCAGUCAGGGUAACGGACCAAACAGCCAGGCCAGCCAGGAUGGGGCCUCCCAGUCCUUCUCCCAGGGGCCGCUGACUCAGGGUUACAUCUCUAUGAGUCAGCCCUCUCAGAUGAGCCAACCUGGCCUCUCCCAGCCAGAGUUAUCCCAGGAUAGCUACCUGGGCGAUGAGUUUAAGUCCCAGAUUGACGUGGCUUUAUCCCAGGACUCAACUUACCAGGGUGAACGUGCAUACCAGCAUGGCGGGGUGACUGGACUGUCACAGUACUAAAGUGUUGCCUGAAGAGGGGAGCUAGGCUUGAGCUGAGCUUAGUUCAUCAGCUUUUUAAUCUGGGAAAUAAUACAAACAUAAAAUGGAUACCUGUUUUCCUCUGCUACAUCCGAAGCACCUCCAAGUGAAAGCGACGGGAUAGCGAAACCAAACCGAUGACCAGCAAGAGAAAUGGGAGGGUAAAAGAAGAGAGCACUAACAGACGGGCAGCGAGAUGGAAAGAGGCCGCGUGAACAAGCGAGAGGCAGGAACCGAUGCCCGUGCUGAGUGAAGGAGGAAAGUCGAGGAUCUGGCGGCAUCUGGUCGGGCUGCUGAGGGAAACAGACGAGAGAUCUACGGUCUCUCCUGAGAAUCCAAAAGAGGUUCAGCUCCCCAACUUAAAAUCCACCUUUUACACUUGCAACUUCUGGGAAAGCUCCAGGAUUAAAGCCAAUCAGUGGAAUUUUGAAGAACUCUCAAUUUGGACUGAAAUGGUGUGCGAAGGCUUUAAAACCAGCAGCAUAAAACAAAAGGAGAAAAAAAGUUCCCAUGCUGGAGGUCGGUUGUCUGUCAACCUGCCUUAAUGUCCCAGAGAAUUCAGAAAUUCGGUUCAUCCACUGGGCCCAAAACCUCGGCAGCCUCUAAAGGAAGCAGCAGGCGACCCACCCUCUGAGAGAGGACGUAGGAACACUGGUUUCUGUUCUCAAGUCUGAUGUUGAAAUACCUUCAUUUGCCUUUAGAACCACUGGCUCUUUCACAAGGUCUUCAACGAGGUUGACCGUGUGUCAGCGGUGGACAUGGCACACAGGUUUCAGACAGGUUUUUUCCAGGCAUGAGAUGUAAAUCCCGCCGAUGUCCUGAUCAUCACGGGACAGUUCUUCUUCUCUGAUACCUUUCUUACCACAGAGCACAAAAUUGCAAAAAAAAAAAAAAAAAGAAGUUGAAACUAUCAAACAUGACCAGCAAUGAAUAUUUGGCUCGGUGUCAUUUGAUGUUUCAGCUAAGGCUUUUUCCUAUGGUAAUCUCAAGACAGCAGGGGUUGUUGACGUUUUGCUGUGCUUCAUGACCAGAUGUCUUUCCUUUUCUUUUUAACUAUACUCUGUAUGCUUAGAUGGUAAAAUGCUUUGAGCUGAGGGAUUUCUCAGGGGAUAGUAGGGGGUUUUUCCACACCCAUCAAACUAAUCCCUGCUUGAGUUGGGAGAGGAAUGAGCAACCAUAGAAAAGGCCCACUGGCUGUCGUGGCAAUCAAUCCACGGAGAGGUAGAAAAGGAAGGUGGCUCAAGGAGAAAAAGAAUAGAGGUCAGUUCAUUGCCAGAGUUGGAAAUUUCUUUUUUUUAAAGACAAUGUGUUUUGUUUAUUUGGACUAAAGAUCCAAGAAACAGAGUGCUGUAUUUGUUUAUCCCCCCCUCCCUCCCUUUUUUUUUUUUUAACACGAACAGCCACACCAAACAACCUUGUAGUUGUAAUUGGGUAUGAGUAACCUUAUAAUUUAUAAACGCCCUGAAGGAUCAUUGGUCUACAUCUGGAUACGCAAAGCAGCAGGAAUCAGCCAUCAGCACUGAUCAGAUGAUGGCAGAUAAGAUAUAAAUGAAGUAAAAUCAGUGCCUGAAACCAUUCAACCUUUAGAUUAAACAGCUGCAGCACACAUGAAUGUAGUAAAGAGUCAAACUACCAGCAUACUACAACCUGUUGGAGCAUGUAACUCAGAGCUUUCGUGUUGGUAAAUCAGAGCUGGUGACGAUAAAUCAGCCGCGUUAAUGUUGGUUGUCACUAAAAGCCACCUUCCUUCUCUGGAGUAAAAUUACAGGCUGGUAGAAGUUAUUUUACCUUUAGUGGGUUAAGAUUUGUGCAACGCUUUUGUGCUUUGCUUUAUGCAUUUUUAGAUUUAUGUUUUAGCUUCCUGAAGAUCAGUGUGAACCUGUAACCUUAUGCUUUUGUUAAAUUGGUUGCUGCUGUGUGCAUCAGGAUCAGUUCAAUGUUUAAUUUUUUUGGUCUUGAGUAAGGAAAAAAAAGUCUUUAGUAGCAACAUGCUGACUGCGGAACUGAGGCUAAGGCCGUCUCCUUUCCUCACCUGGACUUCUGUAUCCUCAAACUAUCCGAGAGGUUGUAGUUUUUAUUUAAGCAACACUUUCUGAACAUGGUAAGAAUGUAGUCCUCACCUGCUUCUCAUGUCUGCACACACGUGACAAUCCUGCUCCAGGUAGAUGUUUUCUGUUGACAUCCUGUUCUUAUUUGUGCUAUAAGUUAUUUUAACCUGCUCCACCCAAGGUCUACCAUAUUGAUAGCUUUAAAAGAAACUCUGCCCUAAUAUUUAAUAUUUCCAUCUGCUGUGAGGUCGGUUGAUUAUUUUAGAGGUGAUUCAGUAGAUUUGUUCAAACAUCUGCACCCAGUCUGAAUACUCAGAAAUUAAAUUUAUGGAUUUAACGUGAUGUAAAUAACAUUUGAAGCAGUGAAUAUUCUUUGCAGUGCUGUUCCAUCAUGAGACGGUGGUUUCCCUUGUUAAACUGAAUCAAUAAAGGUGGUCAAUUUGA